AUGAAAAUAAUAUUUCUCUUUCUGAUUGUUAGUUUUUGUGUACAAGGCUAUGAAAUUGAUGGAGGAAGAAUACACAAACCAAAGAAACAACAAUUUCAUAGAUUACAUGACCACCAAAGCACCCAGGGUUCAAUAGAUGAUGAUUUUGAUUGCGUUGAAAUUUAUAAGCAACCUGCUUUUCAACACCCUUUACUAAAAAAUCACAAAAUUCAGCUUUUUCCAACUUUUAUGAGGACUCGCAUGCAAAAUAGAUCAUCUUACCUUGGUAAAGCUAACAAAGAUGAAAAUUCCAUGAGAGGAUGUCGUCCCGGUAAAGUGCCCAUUAUCAAGACAACAAUGAGACAGAAGUUGAAAACUCAUCCAUCUUCAAGAUCCGAACUUGAUAAUUUUACUCAAUAUUCUAAAAGUUACCCUGGGCAUCAUUUUGCUACCCUGGAUACAACCCAGGAUAUAACGUUUCAUGGAGCAAGUGCAGCUAUUAGCACGUAUAAUUUAUCGCUUCAUGCAAACCAAUAUAGCAUAUGUGGAUUUUGGAUUCAAAGUGGUCCACCUACAGAACUCAAUAGUAUACAAGUCGGAACCGGUAUUCAUCCUAGCUUGUAUGGAGACCAUCAAAUACGUUUAACUGCACAUUGGACAGCAGAUGGCUAUCAUAAAACUGGAUGUUUUAAUCAACUAUGUCCAGGUUUUGUGCAAGUCCAUUCACAAUUUAGCUUAGGAGAAGUCUUAAAGCACAGCUCUGUUAUUGGAUCAGAAGAAAAAUAUUUAUCAGAUAUAAAAGUCAAACAGGAUAAAUUCACAGGUCAUUGGUGGUUGUUUGGUAGUCUUGAUCAUAUUCCAAUGGGAUAUUGGCCUAAACAAAUAUUUACUCACUUAAGUAAGGGUUCGUCUUUGGUUAGAUAUGGUGGUGAAACAUUUGCUCCGCCCAAUACGAUUAGUCCCCCAAUGGGUAGUGGAAGAUUGCCUCAAGAGUUAUUCAAAAACUCGGGUUACAUUGCAGAUCUAAUGAUUGUGGAUUCAAAUUACAAUGAAGUUGAAGUAAAUUCCAAGUACAUGAAGCCAAAUUGUGACACAACAUCUAAUUGUUAUGACGUGUUGUAUCAUGGUUAUGAAGGACCUUUUUAUCGCCAAGCCUUUCUCUUUGGUGGGCCAGGUGGGCAAUGCGGUAUAUGA